AGGGUGGGCGGUGUGCGCCGACGGGGCUUUCGCCCCGCAGCCGAGCCGCGCCGAGCCGCGCCAAGCCCGCUCCGCUCCGCUCCGCUGGCCGGUGAUGCGCAGCGGCCGCACCGCCUGACCCCGCUGCCCGCUGCCAUGGCGGCCCCGACCCCCGGGGCGCCGGCGGGGGUCCCGGCGGGGCUGCGGGCCGCCGCCUGGCUGCUGGCGUGCGCCGCGCUGUGCCGGGGCCGCGCCGCCGCCUGCCCGCCGCUGUGCGCCUGCAGCGGCACCACGGUGGACUGCCACGGCUCGGCCCUGCGCGCCGUGCCCCGCAGCAUCCCCCGCGGCACCGAGCGCCUGGAGCUCAAUGGCAACAACAUAACACGAAUCAACAAGAAUGACUUUGCCGGGCUGAAGCAGCUGCGUGUCCUGCAGCUGAUGGAGAACCAGAUCAGCGUGGUGGAGCGUGGGGCAUUUGAUGACAUGAAGGAGCUUGAGCGGCUACGGCUGAACCGCAACCAGCUGCACACCCUGCCCGAGCUUCUCUUCCAGAACAACCAGGCGCUGUCGCGGCUGGACCUGAGUGAGAACUUCAUCCAGGCCAUCCCCAGGAAAGCGUUCCGUGGGGCCACCGACCUCAAGAACUUGCAACUGGACAAGAACCAGAUCAGCUGCAUUGAGGAUGGAGCUUUCCGCGCGCUGCGUGGGCUGGAGGUCCUGACCCUGAAUAACAACAAUAUCACUUCAAUUCCUGUGUCCAGCUUCAACCACAUGCCCAAGUUGCGGACGUUCCGCCUGCACUCCAACCAUCUCUUCUGCGACUGCCACCUGGCCUGGCUCUCCCAGUGGCUGCGCCAGCGCCCCACCAUCGGGCUCUUCACCCAGUGUGCUGCUCCCGCCCAGCUUCGGGGCCUCAACGUGGCUGAGAUCCAAAAGAACGAGUUCAGCUGCUCCGGACAAACGGACUCAGCACACGCCCAGCUCUGCAGCUUGUCCUCCGGCUCCUGCCCAGCCAUGUGCACUUGCAGCAAUGGCAUUGUGGACUGUCGGGGCAAGGGGCUGACAGCCAUCCCCGCCAACCUGCCCGAGACCAUGACAGAGAUACGCCUGGAACUCAACGGCAUCAAGUCCAUCCCCCCAGGAGCCUUCUCCCCCUACAAGAAGCUGCGGAGGAUAGACCUGAGCAACAACCAGAUCUCGGAGAUCGCCCCUGACGCCUUCCAGGGGCUGCGCUCACUGAACUCCCUGGUGCUGUAUGGCAACAAGAUCACGGACCUCCCUAAGGGUGUCUUUGGAGGACUUUUUGCUCUGCAGCUGCUGCUUCUCAAUGCCAACAAGAUCAACUGUGUACGGGCAGAUGCCUUCCAGGAUCUGCAGAACCUCUCACUGCUCUCUCUGUAUGACAACAAGAUCCAGAGCCUGGCCAAAGGCACGUUCACCUCCCUGCGGGCCAUCCAGACUCUGCACCUGGCCCAGAACCCUUUCAUCUGUGACUGCAACCUGAAGUGGCUGGCAGAUUUCCUGCGUGCCAACCCCGUGGAGACCAGUGGAGCCCGCUGUGCCAGCCCCCGGCGCUUGGCCAACAAGCGCAUUGGCCAGAUCAAGAGCAAGAAGUUCCGCUGCUCGGCCAAAGAGCAGUAUUUCAUCCCAGGGACAGAGGAUUACCAUCUGAACAGUGAAUGCAACAGUGAUGUGAUCUGCCCCCCAAAAUGCCGCUGUGAAUCUGGUGUGGUCGAGUGCUCCAACCUGAAACUCACCAAGAUCCCAGAUCGCAUCCCACAGUCCACAGCUGAGCUGCGCCUGAACAACAAUGAGAUCUCCAUCCUGGAGGCCACUGGCAUUUUCAAGAAACUUCCACAUCUGAAGAAAAUCAACCUCAGCAACAACAAGGUGUCGGAGAUCGAGGAUGGGGCAUUUGAGGGGGCAUCCUCUGUCAAUGAGCUGCACCUCACUGUCAACCAGCUGGAGUCUGUGCGGAGCGGCAUGUUCAGGGGCCUGGACGGGCUGAGGACACUGAUGCUGAGGAACAACCGCAUCAGCUGCAUCCACAACGACAGCUUCACAGGGCUGCGCAACGUCCGCCUGCUCUCCCUGUACGACAACCAGAUCAGCACGAUUGCACCGGGCGCCUUUGACACGCUGCAGUCCCUCUCCACACUGAACCUGCUCGCCAACCCCUUCAACUGCAACUGCCAGCUGGCCUGGCUGGGGGACUGGCUGCGCAAGAGGAAGAUCGUGACAGGGAACCCUCGGUGCCAAAACCCUGACUUCCUCCGGCAGAUCCCGCUCCAGGAUGUGGCUUUCCCUGACUUCAGGUGUGAGGAAGGUAAGGAGGAGACCACCUGCAUCCCCCGGCCACAGUGCCCUCAGGAAUGCACCUGCCUCGACACAGUUGUCCGCUGCAGCAACAAGCACCUCAAGGCCCUGCCCAAGGGGAUCCCCAAGAAUGUCACAGAGCUCUACCUGGAUGGAAACCAGUUCACUCAGGUCCCAGGGCAGCUCUCCACCUUCAAAUAUCUGCAGCUUGUCGAUCUGAGCAACAACAAGAUCAGCUCCCUGAGCAACUCCUCCUUCACCAACAUGAGCCAGCUCACCACCCUGAUCCUCAGCUACAACUCCCUGCAGUGCAUCCCUCCGCUGGCCUUCGAGGGCCUCCGAUCCCUGCGGCUGCUGUCUCUCCAUGGCAAUGACAUUUCCAGCCUCCCCGAGGGCAUCUUUGCAGAUGUCACCUCCCUGUCCCACCUAGCCAUCGGGGCCAACCCCCUGUACUGCAGCUGCAACCUGCGCUGGCUCUCCAGCUGGGUCAAGACGGGGUACAAGGAGCCAGGCAUUGCCCGCUGCGCUGGGCCCCCCGACAUGGAGGGAAAGCUGCUGCUCACCACCCCUGCCAAGAAAUUUGAGUGCCAAGGCCCACCCGCCCUGAGCGUCCAGGCCAAGUGCAACCCGUGCCUCUCCAGCCCCUGUCAGAACCAGGGCACCUGCCACAAUGACCCCCUUGGCUCCUACCGCUGCGCCUGUCCCAGUGGCUACAAGGGCCGCGACUGCGAGGUGGCACUUGGUGGCUGUUCCUCCAACCCCUGUGCCAACGGGGGGACCUGCCAGCCUCAGGAGGGGGAAGGAGCUGGGUUCAGGUGCCUGUGCCCAGUGGGCUUCGAGGGCCCGAGCUGCCACUCCACCAGCGACCCCUGCAAGGAGCACAGCUGCGAGAACGGGGGCUCCUGUGUGCCCAGUGCCACCAACUACACCUGCCUUUGUCCUGCCCACUACACAGGGGAAUUCUGUGAGCAGCCUCCCAAUUUCUGCUCAGACGAGCUCAACCCCUGCCAGCAUGACUCCACCUGCAUCUCCACCAGCCAGGGGCCCAGGUGUGAGUGUGCACCCGGCUACGUGGGGAGCAACUGCAGCGAGGACUUCGACGACUGCCAGGACCACCGGUGCCAGAACAACGCCCGCUGCCUGGAUGAGGUGAAUGGCUACUCCUGCCUCUGCACCGAGGGCUACAGUGGCCAGCUCUGCGAGAUGCCGCCCCACACCGCUGGCCAGCCUGGCCUCUGUGAGCGAGCUGAAUGCCAGAACGGGGCCCCGUGUGUGGAGCGGGGUGCCCGUGCCCUGUGCCAGUGCCUGCCUGGCUUUGGUGGCCCCAAAUGUGAGAAGCUGCUGAGCGUCAACUUUGUGGACCGUGACACGUACCUGCAGUUCACUGACCUGCAAGACUGGCCCCGGGCCAAUAUCACCCUUCAGGUCUCCACGGCUGAAGGCAAUGGCAUCCUGCUGUACAAUGGUGACAGUGACCACAUGGCUGUGGAGCUGUACCAGGGCCAUGUGAGGGUCAGCUAUGACCCUGGCACCCACCCCAGCUCAGCCAUCUACAGUGCUGAGACCAUCAACGACGGGCAGUUCCACACCGUGGAGCUGGUGACCUUCGACCAGAUGGUGAACCUGUCCAUCGAUGGUGGCAGCCCCAUGACCAUGGACAACUCGGGCAAGCACUACACGCUCAACAGUGAGGCUCCCCUCUACGUAGGAGGAAUGCCUGUGGAUGUCAACUCGGCUGCCUUCCGCCUCUGGCAGCUCCUCAACGGCACCAGCUUCCACGGAUGCAUCCGCAACCUCUACAUCAACAACGAGCUGCAGGACUUCACCAAGACGCGGAUGACGCCAGGCGUGGUGCCGGGCUGCGAGCCCUGCCGCAAGCUCUACUGCCUGCACGGCAUCUGCCAGCCCUCGGGCGCCCAGGGCCCCGUCUGCCACUGCGAGCCUGGCUGGGACGGGCCCCACUGCGACCAGCCCCGCGGCGGUCCCUGCCAGGGGCACAAGUGUGUGCACGGGCUGUGCCUGCCCCUUGAUGCCCUCUCCUACAGCUGCCAGUGCCACGAGGGCUACCAGGGCGCACUCUGCAACCAGCCUGCCGAACCACCCGACCCCUGCCGCCACCAGCCCUGUGUCCAUGGCCACUGCCACCUCACCCCAGGUGGCCAGCCCACCUGCGAGUGCCACGAUGGCUACACCGGAGCCCUCUGUGACCAGGAGCCGGAGUGCCGCGGGGAGCCGGUGCGGGACUACCACCAGGUGCAGCGGGGCUACGCCAUCUGCCAGACGACGCGGCCGGUGGCCUGGGUGGAGUGCCGGGGGACCUGCGGUGGCCCUGGCGCCAGCUGCUGCACCGGGCUGCGGCUGCGGCGCAGGAAAUACGCCUUCGAAUGCAGCAACGGUGCCACCUUCGUGGAGGAGGUGGAGAAGCCCAGCAAGUGUGGCUGCAGCCAGUGCCUGUGAGCAGCCACGGCCCUGCGGAGCCGGGGGCUGGCGGGGAGACCCCCCCGUGCCAAGGACCUCACUUUACACUGUGGGCAUGGUGCUGCUCUCUGGGUGUUCCGAACUGCAGCUGCAUCUGAGGAGCCCGGCAGAGGGUAGAGCUGGUGCAUCUAGAAGAUUGGGAAGGAAACAGAAAAAAAAAUAGAAAGAAAAAAAAAAAAAGAAAAAACCCCACAAACAAAGCAAAUGUGUAGAUAGAGAAUUUUUUUAAGAACUGCAGCUACACAGAUACAUGGAUAUGGAGUGGGCACCCUGCCCAGCUGCCCUGUCCUCUCCCUGUGGCACUCUGCCUUCCUGCCAGUGAAGCCCCACAGCCAUGGAGGGCAGUGCCUGCAUCCCGGGUGAGUCCCCUCCCUGGCACCGCUGUCCCUUGCAUCAGCCCAGCGAUCUGAGAGUUUUUCCAACAUGUACAGCAGGAGGAGGAAAGCCUGCCGUGGCAGAGCCUUGUGAUCUAUGGCAAGCCAUGGCUUUCAGUGGGCUGCGUGGUGUAGCCAGUGUCCUGCAGUCCUGGUGAGCCCAGACCUGGUUUCCCAUUCUCUCCUUCAGUAGCCCUGGUCUCUCUCCCUGCAGGUUGCUGUAGCCCUAAGCACCCCACAUAAUGUCCCCAGCUCUGUGGCCCCAGCCUGACCCUCUGGUGACACCCCCAGUGUGUGCAUGCUGGCUGGGCUCUGCAGUGCAUGGGCACGCUCGGGUCCAGCCCAUUGUGGUCACAUCAGGGCCACACUGGUGGAGCAGGACCAGGACAGUGCCAGGCACACUGAAUGGGGGACAGCCAGCAGUGACAGCAGCACAGAUAUCCCUGAGGGUUCCAGUGCCAACCUGCCCUGUGCAAUGGGGCCAGCACUAUGCCAUUCAUGUGGAGAGGGCCCCAGACACCCCUGGCUCAGCCAGGUGGUUCUGCUCAGAGGUGGGAGCUGUGUGAGGGCAGCACAGGAAUCCCUUUUUUCCAGGCUCUGUCCUGGGUGAAUGUGCCCCCCUGUCCCAAUGACCCAGCCAGCAGAAGCAAGAGGCUGCUGGGACAGCUGGGAUGUGGGUUUGCCAUGCCCAUCACUGGGGCCUCAGUCUUGUGUGUGCCAAGUUGAAGAGGGUGAAGAUGUCCAAACCUGCAAGCCUGGAGUAAAACACCACUGCCAGAGAAGGACUCAUCAGCUCUUGGACUCAAGUGCCCAUACCCAGCAUUUCUCCAAAGCCCUCAGUGCCAGGGCUGGUGUGGGAGCAGGGGCACACAGGGACCUCCUGCCAGGGUACUGCAGGCACCCAACACCGAGAGCAGCAUCACCUCCAUGACUGUGGGGCCAAGGACAGCGGGGGCCCAACCUGGGACACGGCACAUGGCUGGACAGUGGAACACCACAUCACCCUGGUGGACAGACUCAUCCCAGAGCUGCAGUCCUGGGUCUCCAUCACACCGCUCCAGCACUUUGGUUUCAGGUCUGCACUGCCAGCUGUGGCCGGGCUCCAGGCACCUCCACUGGAUACACCCAGCUCUGCAGGUGCUGUCCCCAUCCCUGCUCACCACUGGCAUCCAGGGCGUCUCCACCACCACAGGGAUGUGUUUCUGCCACAAAUGCCCUCUCCAUGGGAGCUCCUCUGCCACCCAGAGGAGCUGGGAUGCGUCUCAUUUUGCCUGUGGCCCACCCGGGGCUUGGUUGUGUUGUGUUUCUGUUCUUGCUGUACGCUAACCGCUAAAGUAUCUCUUUAUACAGAAUACUUACAGAUUCUAAUAUAUAUUUGUAUUUCAUUUUGUUAUAGUAUUUUUAUAUGUUUGGGGUCAACAAAUGAUGUUUUCUUUUUGUUUACAGAUGCUACUGGGCAGGAAAAUGACAGUGGCUUUGUUUGGCCCGUGGGGUUUGUGUGUGUCACUGUUGAAGACGCUGGUUUGUACUAGGCUGGCGAGGGAGGCGCUGGGCAUCCUUCCGCUGGCAGAGGCUGUAUUGUUUUAGGAGGUGUUUGGUAUUGUCUAUGUUGUCUUCCAUGUGAACAUGACAUUUAUUCAUUCAGA